AUGUGCUUGUGCUUGAUGAGUCUGGUAGACUCAAAGCAAAAGAGCUUUGCGGAUCUCGGCUAUGAAGGAGUUGAUCUGUCCAACCAGGGAAGGUUUGACGAAGCACUCAUGCUCUUCUUAGAGAUGGAACGCAUGCAGCCACUGGAUGCAGAGAACCUUGUAAACAUCGCGAUCUGCCUGGAGAAUCUCAACCGGCUGGAUGAAGUGGAAAGAUACUUGCAGAAGGCUACCAAAAUCGAGCCGAAGCGCGAAGACGCCUGGAGCAUGCUGGGGCAAGUGUUUAUCGACUCUGCUCUGGUAGCCUACAGCAAGGCUAUCAAGUUGCACCCCAAGGCAGACAUGCUUUACUUUGCGCGUGGCAAUGCUCAUCAAGCAAGGGGAGAUCACUACAGCGCUUCUGCAGAUUUCUUGCAGGCGACCAAGAUUCAAGACUCCAACUAUCAGGCGUGGAACAACCUUGGCAGCGCGUACAUGAGUUUAUCCCAGAACGAGGAGGCGAUCCAAGCUUUGCGGAAGACGCUGACGUUCAUCCCAACCCAUCCUAUCCCUCUCACAAACCUCGUCAUCACUGAGAACAGAGUCUGCGAGUGGAGCCGCAAGUACAAGCAUAACAAGCUUCUCCGGAAAGCUCUCCAUGAGCAGCUGGCUCAGCGACGCUCUUUGGUUGUUCCCUUCCAUGCCUUCGAGUUCAAUUUCAGCUCAGACGAGCACAAGAGGAACGCUCAGAUGUGGUCGAGGACCGUGGAAGAAAAAGUUGCAUACCUCAACCGCUUUGAACCGGGAGGUUCGAAACUGGCAGGGAAAGGUAGCAGAUUGAGAAUAGGUUACUUGUCGGGAUCCGGGUUUCACAACUCCACCACCACCGCUCGGAGCAUGAGGAGUCAAUUCUCAAUGCACAAUCGCAUGUCGGUAGACGUCUACUGCUACGCUGCUCAGGGCGAUGAUGGUUCGCCUGUUCGCGCUGCGAUCAAGCGAGGAUGCGACAAGUUCGUGGAGCUUCAGGGGAAGAGCCAUCAAAUGAUGGCAGAGAGAAUAAGAGAUGACAACAUCAACGUUCUUAUCGACCUCACUGGCUACACUAUGAACAUGCAGACUGAGGUGUUCGCUAUCGGUCCUUCUCCAAUUCAGGCGAUGAUCCCAUUCAUGGACCCAAGGUGUGAGGAGCUGCUGGAGAUGAAGAUGGAGCUGAUGGAAAUGAUGAUGAUGAUGAUGAUGAUGAUGAUGACAAUGACGAUGAUGGAGACGAUGAUGGAGACGAUGAUGGUGGAGAUGGAGAUUGAGAUGAUGAUGGAGAUGAUGAUGGAGAUGAUGAUGGAGGUCGUGAUGAUGAAUAUCCUCUCAAAGAAUGAGAAAGUGCGGAGGAUCACGUCUGAUGAUGAACAGCCCACCAGGAGAGAGCUAGGUUUCGACGACGAUGACAUCAUUCUCGCAUGUUUCAAUCAGGUCAACGCUCAUGCUGUUGUCGUUUGUCCUGACAAUCGAACUCAAAUCAUGCCAUUACAGCUUUACAAGAUAGAGCCGGAGAAGCGAGGAGUGGACCCAUCGCGCAUCGUCAGUCACGAGCAGUUUCCUCGGGAGAGAGAAUUUCGAGUGAAGGGACUGGCUGAUGUUUUCUUGGACACUCCUCUCUUCAACGCACACACUACUGCCGGCGACGUUCUGUGGAGCGGAGUUCCCAUCCUGACACUACCAGGAGAGAGUUUUGUACAGAGAGUCGCAUCGGGGAUGGUGAAGUCAGCAGGAAUGCAAUGGAUGGUCACGAGAAAUCUCCUUGACUAUGAAGAGCUUGCGGUUGCCCUGAUACAGCGGAAGGAGCGGGCGAAGAGCAUCAAGGGAAGACUAGAGGAUACAAGAGAUGAACUUCCUCUCUUCGACACUCAACUGCUUACUGAGGAGUUUGAACGAGGACUCCUGAUGACCUGGGAAGUCCAUGAGGCGAUAGGAGCUGCUUACAAUAUCGUGGUUAGCAGGUUGGGUGCAGAUCGCAACAUAUUCCCUGAUGGCAAGGUCGCAUCCUAG